AUGAAAGAACUCAUUGAAAAAUGCAAAAGACGUCUAAAGAAGAGCAAAGACUCGGGUCCUCUAAAACUAGACACUGUUCUUGUCUUUAAGAUCUUGGGUACAAGCGUUAAGCAAAUGGCAAGGGAACUCAGCACUGUAAGGGAUUACGAGUGUUAUACAUUCCAGGAGGAUUGCUUUACAAUCAACGACCACUUUUUCAAAGUCACAGAGCUACAUUUUUUGGUAACCGAAGAACAAAACUUUCUUGAAGACCCCAGGGUUCUCGAGGACGCCCGUCUGCUGACCGGGGUGACAUCAUUCGGUUCGGGCCCAGACCUUGAAAGAAGAGUGGUGGUUUUCGAAGUUUGUCACACUUUAGUCACAUAUGAGUGGUCAGCUUAUGAGAUGCCCAUGCCUACGAUUGGUGGCUGCUUCUUGGUAACGGGAGAUCAUAGAAAACUCAUUCAGGGCCCAAAGUUCCCAAUGUCGCAUCUGCUUUAUGGAGUUGGGUCAGAGUUCCCAGCGGUCUCGAGUCACAGAAUUUAUGAUGAUGUCUCGAUCAGUCUCAAAGCUGACUUUGUCAAACCAUCUUGGUUCAUUCAAAGAGAGUACCACCGCAUUGUGACGCCUGGCAUGUCUGUUCCGGAGAUCCUUCCUUUACAAAUUGAUAUAAGUGGUGUGACAGAUAUAAAGGAUGUGUCACUGGAACCUAUCCUCGUAUCCGAAAUAAGCAUUCAGUUGGAGGAAUUCACUAGCGUAUGGAGAGAUGGAAAAUUCUUCAAAGACGUCCGCUCAAAGACCUUGCUUGAAAACAAAUCCACUGGUCUUGUUUACGAUUUUGGAUCAACAUUCGUCAUUCCACCCAAGCUGUACAAUUGUAAGCUUCCAGAGGUGGGGCCGAGUUUCUUCUCCCAAAGCUUUACGAGAAGCUAUGGCUUGAGAUUAAAAAUCACCUUAUUCAACGAAAGCCUUUCAGAAGUAAAGUUAUCCACAUUUUUAGAGUUGAAUAUGGCGAGAGUGAAAUACGAGCGUCUCAAAGAAAGUGAUAUUCACGACGACGAACGCUACCUUGGGGAGGAGCGUGAUAGGCUUGUUAUCAACAAAGAUCUCAACGACAUCAAAGGUUGUACAUUCUGGUGGAGCGAAUUUAUUGAUGAAGUUCCGGGAAGUCCGCAAGUUCGUGCCCUAACGUUGCCUUCGGAAGUCCUUGAUGGUUUGGUACCGCCAUAUUUUGGACUUAGCAGGUCUCAGAGUGCCUCCUUGAGUGGUAGAUUACUGUUUUCGACGCUCAAUCGCAACUAUGCUUACACCUAG